CCCGGUCCAGUCAAACCCGGUCCAGUCAAACCCGGCCCGGCUGCGGAGAGACGGAACCACUGAAUUGGGUCAGGAUGGCAGAGGUGAAGGUGAAGAAGGAGACGAACCUUUCGGAACCGGCGGAGAUAGAGAACAGGAUCAAGGAGCUGUGUCAGCAGUUUCCCCAUGGAAUCACGGACCAGGUGAUCCAGAACGACCUGCCUCACCUGGAGCCCCAGCAGCGCGCCAUGGCGCUCAACAAGCUGCUCUCCCUGGGUCAGCUGGACCUGCUGAGGAACAGUUCGGGUCUGCUGUACCGUCUGAAGGACACGCAGAGUGCCAGUAAGAUGAAAGGUUCUGACAACCAGGAGAAGCUGGUCUACCAGAUCAUCGAGGACGCAGGAAACAAAGGAAUCUGGAGCAGAGACAUCCGCUUCAAGAGCAACCUUCCUCUGACGGAGAUCAACAAGAUCCUGAAGAACCUGGAGAGCAAGAAGCUCAUCAAGGCCGUCAAGUCUGUGGCGGCGUCCAAGAAGAAGGUGUACAUGCUGUACAACCUGCAGCCGGAUCGAACGGUGACGGGCGGCGCCUGGUACAGCGACCAGGACUUCGAGUCCGAGUUCGUGGAGGUUCUGAACCAGCAGUGCUUCAAGUUCCUGCAGAGCAAGGCGGAAGCGGCGAGGGACGGGAAGCAGAGCCCGAUGGUCCAGAGGAACAGCUCGUUCGCCACGUCGCAUGAGGUGUGGAAGUACAUCUGUGAGCUGGGAAUCAGCAAGGUGGACCUGUCCAUGGACGAUAUCGAGACCAUCCUGAACACACUGAUCUACGACGGGAAGGUGGAGAUGACGGUGAUCGCUGCCAAGGAGGGAACGGUGGGCAGCGUGGACGGUCAGAUGAAGCUGUACCGCGGCGUCAAUGCCAUCCUGCAGCCCACCGGCCUCGUCAAGACGCCCUGCGGACUCUGCCCGGUGUUCCACGACUGCCACGAAGGAGGAGAGAUCUCCCCGUCCAGCUGCGUCUACAUGAGCGAGUGGCUGGACUUCUGAUGGGCGGGGUCGGAGGAGCCAUAUGGGCGGAGUCUGUGUACGCGUGGGCAGGGCUGUGGACAUGUGAAGACUGCUGGGUGGAGGGAUGAACGAUGCAAACUGAAAACCCAAAUGCUAAGAAACAAACGCAACAGAAAAAAUGGAAACAAAAACAACAGAAGUCCUCCCGCCACUAGGGGGAGACUGCAGUCGGUUACAUCACACAGACUCUGCAGCUGGGACGAGGAAAACCCAGAGUGGGAGCGUCUUCAGCCUGACCCACGGAUCGAUGUUUGUCCCAUCAGGCCCGGUUCUGCUCCAUCAGGCCCUAAUGGACCCGGUGCUGACGGUCAGCGCGGAUCAUCUUACACCACUUCUUGUCUCCGUAUCGACCCGACAGGAAACGGCUCUUCGGCCGCAGCUCCGACUCCAGGGACGAAAACAAACACAGAGAACUUCUCCGGUUCUGGAUCCGGGCCUGUUGGUUCUGUUGGGUCCGUGGGGAAUCCCCACAGAACCUCAGGAACGGACCGGAACCAAAACUCUAGUUUAUGUGCUGCUGGUUUAUUUUGUGAAUAAAUUCAAUGGA